GCUCUCGACGGAACCAGACCCAGACCCGAAGCCCCCCUCCCCUCUCCGGCGGCCGUCGCUUUCCCCACCCCACGGGCUCCUCCUCCCCGCUCCGCUCGCCAGCCAGACGCUCCCGGUUCUCCACGUCUCGGCCCCCCUCCGACGCCUGACCCGCUCCCUCGCGCCACCGUCUGCGCGCUCCAGGUCCUUGUUGAGUGAAGCAUCUUCCUUCCUUUUUCGCGACAUGGGUAUGGAGAAUCUGAUGAGCGUCGUCAAUCCUUCAGCAGGUUACAACUUCCAAAGAGGUUUCGAACGCCGUGGUGAUGGAACCAUGGAGGAAAUGAAAGAGCUAAAGAAACAGAGGACAGAAAGAAUGAUGGAAGACUACCAAAACACAGAAAGCAGAGAUGGAGCCAUCAGAUGUCCAAUUCCAUGCAAAAGCAGCAGGCCAUACAGAGAGUAUGAUUUUAAAGCUGCUCAAGAUCUCUCCGAUUUUAUUGUGAGCAAGGCUUCUCCUCCAUACUUCAUGGGAUCUCCGCCAGUUCGUGCAAGCAAUCCGCUUGUCAAUGACAGACAGUUCUGUGCUUGGAAAGUACAAAGCGUUGAUCAGUCACUCGGCGUUCCUAUACCAACCAAGGGCUGCCGUGUUGGUUACAACGCAAGGGGAGGGUCUACUACAGAGGAUUGAAGCUACAUUUAUCAGUUUCAUGACCUCGCUGUGAAGUUGUAGUUGUAACAAGUCAAAAUUGUACAUAGGAGUCGUCACCUUCGGAAGCUUCUGUUUUCGAGGUUUUUUGUGUCAUGUCAUCGGUAGUUAUGUGUAUAUAUCCUUUUUGUUCAGUUUUGUGGGCAGCGAGGCUAGCUUUGGCAAAUAAAUUUGUCAAACUCUGUUGUUGAGAAUUGAGGUUUUUGCUCAGGUUUAAUGGAAAUGAAAGCAUUUCUUUAGUUUCUAA